GCAGCUUCAACUUCAACUUCAACUUCAACUUCACUCUCUUUUUCCUCAUUCUCUCUCACACACCACACUGACAUCAUAAUAUCAUAUACACUUCCUCUUUCCUUAUUCGGGUUUUGUUUGUUCGGUUCGGUAUUUAGUGGUUGGUUUACAGACAGGACCUUUUUGUGAAGAGUUUAUCCUUCUGAAGAUGAGUGCAGAAAACAAGAAAAUAAUACCAAAGACUGAUUUUGAACUUUUUCUGAAUAAUGCUAACCAGUGCAUUUGGAAAAAUUUGAAAAAUGACUCAGGUGCAGGUGCAAAUGCAGCUUCCAAGGCAGACAUGACAUUUGCUGCCACUGAUGCCCUAUCUGAAAUAGUUUGGUCUCCAGAUAAAGGUUUGAGUCUUAAAUGUGCCGAUUCAAGCUUUGCUGAUAAAAACAAUUCUCUUUUUCGGGAUGUUAGACCAAGUUGUAUGGUUCUUGCUCCGCCACAGAGUGUUACUGGUGGCAGGUCUAUCACUGAUAAAUCUAUAGAUGAUGUUUUUGUAAAACCCAUAGUUGUCAUAUGCUCCAAAAGUGAUAUUGCUGCAACAGAUACUCUCACUAUGCAUCCAACAAGUGAUUCAAGUGUCAAGCCAGAGUGUAAAUCCCAUGAAGAAAAUAAUACAGGAUCUGGUGGUAAUGAGGAGAAAAUUAUUAGUGCAGAAAGAGCACCUGAUUUCCCUAACGAUCAAAACAUGAAUCUAAUGAACGCUUGGGAGAAGAAUACGGGUGAUGAAGCCAACAUUGGAACUGAUAAAAUGUCUGGGAUAGAAGGAAACAAAUUUGCUGCUAUUUCAGAUCAGGUUGACCAAAGGUCAUUUGAUAAUUUAUUACUUCAAUCAGCUGAACCUAAAACUAGCAUGGAGCAAAAUCCUUCACCUAGGAGACGUUCCAAUGGAGGCACCGAUAUUGGUAUUGGAAAAAGGGCAUUUGUAACAGAUGACAAUUUGCAUACUAUGGUUGAACCUAUGAUUGAAUAUAAAGGCUCUGGUGCUCCAGGAACUAAUUUAACAUCCUCCAGCAGGAGUCCUUUAGUAAAACUGGAAUAUAGUGCUGAGAAUGAUUUACAAACUAUCAACUGUGAAGCCGCUUGUGCUGCAACAAGCGGGGUUCUUGUGAAUGAGAUAAAAAACAAAUCUCAGGACAACGAAAUGAUGCAACCAUGUGAUAAGAUUCUUCCAGUUUUGCAUUCUCCAUGUAAUAGCAGAAUUCGUAUGACAAUAAACAAAGGCAAGGAAAAGUCCUUAUCAGAUGGGGAUGCGAAUGUAAGAUUAGCAAAGGAGGAGAAUGACAGCCAUUCAAGUGUUGAAAGCUGUAACAGUGCUGGGGUUUUUUCAACAGGUAAGAAGAGACAUAACUUUCAACAGCAGUUGAUAAUUCGGAGUAAAAGAGUCAAAAAGGAAAUUGAAGAAACUUCUGGUUCCAAAUCAUACCUUAAACAGGAUAGUUCAUUCAUGAACUGGAUUUCGAACAUGGUGAAAGGACUCUCACAAUCAAUUCAACAUGAUUCAAACACUUUGGCUCUUACUCUUGCGAAUCCAGAUUCUCAUAAUCUACGGCCUGACAAGAAACUUAUCACAUGCAAUAUGAAUCGAGAUCCUGAUCCAAAAAAUACAGGAUUCAAAUCUAUUUUUCAGUCCAUAUAUUGUCCAAGCUUAAAGAAUGUAGAAACAAGAAUGUCUCAUCAAGAAGGAGAGGGUAAUGAGGAUUUAAAGCCAGGUAACAGGGUACAUGGAAUUGAUGCUACUCCAAUAACCUGUUUUGCAGAGAACAAUAGCCUUUCCAAACAGUAUUUGGAAUCAAGUAAGUUUGAAGCAUCCACUGGGGGAUAUGAUGCUGGUCCAUCCUCAAAGCCUAAUAUUAAACCUCUAAAUUUUUUUCAGUGUCAUGAAAGCAGCAACAAUAACCCAGUGGAGAAUGAAAAUUGUUCCAUCUUGGGCCUUAGUAUGGACAAAGAAGAAAUGGCAUCACAUUCAUAUUCAACAAGAAAAAAUACAAAUAAUACUGAGAAUGUCGUUUCCACUGUACUACCUGAGAGAAAGGAAGCAGAGAAUAUCUGUCACAGAAGUGAUAAUCUUGGAAGUCUGUGGAUAACUCGAUUUACACCGAAAUCCACUGCCCCCUUGAUUAUUUCUGAUCACCUCAAUGAGAGAGGUGGAUCUCAAGUCCACUCCACUGAUUGCUCAAAGCUUCCCCAUUCCCAUAAAAACGUAUCUUAUUUGAACAACUGCAAAAUGGAAGAGACUAGAGAACAACCUGUUGAUGACAGAGAGGCUUCCACUGGUCUUAAGGAAGAUGAGGUAAAUAACGAUCAUAAAUCAAAGCAUAAGCUCAACCCCCUUUCAUCUUCCUUAGGAUUCAGAAAUCCAGAGCUAAUGGCUUCAAUGUUUGCAAGGAGAUUUGGUGCCAUAAAAAAUAUCAUGCUGACAAACAGAAGAGAUAGUACCACACAGGUAAAUAUGUUUUGUUUGUUUUGUGGGAGAAGAGGUCACCAACUCACUGAUUGCUCAGCUAAUGCAAAAGGUGAGCUAGAAGAUCUUCAGAAGAAUAUAAAUUUGUAUGGAGGAUUGGAAGAACUUCCUUGUGUGUGCAUUAAAUGUUUUCAGCCCAACCACUGGGCAAUUUCAUGUCCCACUUCAAUCUCAACAAGGAAACAUGAAUUUGAAGCUAAUGCCUUGAUCAGUGAUUGUAUUCCUAGUGGAAAACAUUUUAUCCCAAGCAAUGAAGGGAGUGCCAGGCUUCUGACUGAUGAGGAUGACCGAAUUUUACCUGGCGGUUCUAUGAAUGAUGGAACUGAUCACCAAGAAGAGAGAAAUAUUAAUUUGAAGCAGAAAUCAAAUGAAAUUAUAACCUCCAUUUCCAAGAUAGGGUGCAAUGCAUCAUUAAAGAGAUACUGUGGUUCAAGUUCAGAGGAAAACAAAUUCAAAGAAAAUCCUAUAACAUCUCCAUCCAGGUUGGCUGAAAAUCAGAUUUCACACGUGCCAAAGGGAAUCUUUGAUGCAGUGAAAAAGCUUCAAUUGUCCCGCACUGACAUCCUGAAAUGGAUAAAUGCUCAUGGGUCAGUAUCACAACUUGAUGGUUUUUUCUUGCGCUUGCGGCUUGGGAAGUGGAAAGAAGGACUUGGGGGAACUGGAUACCAUGUGGCAUAUAUAAAUGAGACCCGAAGACAGGAUUCAGAGCAGAAUACAAGAAAAUCUCUCUCUGUGAAAGUAGGGAGAUUCAAGUGUAUGGUCGAGAGUCACUAUAUAUCCAAUAAUGAUUUUCUUGAGGAAGAAAUCAUGGAAUGGUGGUCCACCACCAGAGAAGGUGGUGCUGAUAUUCCAUCUGAAGAAGAUUUGAUAGAAAAAUUUAAAAAGAAAAAAAUGUUAGGUCUCUAGGCAUUUAUUAAGUGUUAAUAUGUUUAUAAUCAGAAGAUAAGUUUAUUCUUUCUCUUUUGUAGAUUAAGUUCUGUUUUCCACAUUUUCUUAUCCAAUUAAUUGUAUAUCAAAGGAAGCUGAGAAUUGAAGAUGCUGCUAAACCAUCAUCAUGAUUUUAUGAAUGUUAAU